UCUAGAGCAAGAGGAGAGACACAAACUCAAUAUCAACUUAGACCAAGAUCAGAAAAACAAUUAGCAACCAACAUCGAAGAAGAUGAACUGAUAACCCGAUCACAGCCGGUGAAAAAAAGGUCAAGAAAAGUGGCUGAAAAAGAGAGCACACAACAACGAGUAAGCUUGAAUAGGUCCAACCUGCAGGGCAUGAUUAGGUUGAUCAAAGAUACCGAACUCAAUCCCAAACAUAUAGCUUGCCUCAAAAAAACACCUUUUUGGUUAUUGAUUGAAGCAAUUGUGAACAAGAAGUUGGUAAGUGAUCAUUGUAGAAAGGUUGAUGAAGUUAUUGUGAAAGUUAUGAAGUCCUAUGAUGAACGUACAAAAAGUUUUAGAUUGGGUGACAAGAAAGUGACCCUCAAGGAUAAUCAUGUGAAGUUGAUUUUUGGAAUUUGCUGUGGAAAUGAAGAGAUGACAGAAACAAACAUUAGCAAAGAAGACACUGCAUUAGCUAAGAGGUUGGGCAUCAAAGAGCCAAGGUUAACAACUACAACAAUGAAGGAAAAGAUAAAAGAACUAAAGAGUAGAACAAGCCAGAAGAUAUUGAAGACGUUGUCAGAUUGUUCUGUCUUUUCCUUUGUGUCACAUUGCUCUUUUUGACAAGUGGAACAACGGUGAAUUGGUCGUUUGUUUAUUACAUGGAAGACCUAGCAAAGGUAAAACAGUACAAUUGGGCAGGAGCUAUUACAGAUUAUUUGAUGAAGUCCAUUCACAAAAAUCAUAAGGAGCUCAAUGAAUUGCAUGGAUGUUCUUUGCUUUUAAUGUUUUGACUUUGUGAGCAGACUAAAGUUCUACAACAAAAGAAUGCAGAUGCAGUUCUAAGAUUACUUAAAUGGAACAUUUCAGAGCUUCGGGACGUACUUAGGGAUUUUGAUCAAUUGAACCAACUUCCGGCUGAUUAAGUAAGUGAUACCAAGUACGGGAAACAGAUAAAGAACAAAAGAUCUACAACAAUCUUGGAAGUGAACAAGAAUGUGGAGAAAUAGAAGCUCUUGAACUGGAGGUUGAAAAAGUAAGAAUGAGUGUUGAUGGUGAAUCUCCUCAACAAGUUAAAGGUUCUAGAGAAGCAAGGGUUGAAAAAGGGGCAACACAACUCAAACAAGAUGUCACAUCAGAAAUUGAAAAAGAACAAAGGACUGAAGUACUCCUCCGUGGGGAACAAGCUGAAAUUUAUGGAACUUAAAGAGGAGAAAGCACUAGAGGAGAGUGUGCUAGAGUGGGCUUCAUGGCUGAACAAGGAAGUGGACAAGGGCUAGAUGAUUUUAACACUCCCUCCAACCCGUCAUUGGAAGUUGAUUCGCCAAGGUACAAGUUCACUAUGGUGCAUGACAGCAUUGGCCUUGAAUCACGAGAAGAUCAUUUGUCACAAAUAGAUUCCGGUUCAACAUUAGUUCCAAAUACCUAUAAUGAGAUAUCGUUGGAUAAUAUUUGUGGAACAAUAUUGCACCAAUCAAAAAAGGAUGCAAUUGCAGUUAUUGAUGAACUGAACAAAAGGAUUGAACUCUUGGAGAAGGAAAAAAAGAGCAUGGAGAAUGAAAUCUUGGAAGUUCAUGAAGAAAAGCAAAAAACUCUUCAACAUCAAAAGGAGGAAAUUGAAAUUCUGAAGCGGGAACUUGAAGAGAAGGAUUUGUACAUCUCCAAAUUAUGCAAGAAAAACGAAGCCCUUGAAAAACUCUACAAGCAGUAUGAGGAACAAGUUCAACAUUAUGAAACACAUGAGUUAACACAAGGAUAUAAUGUUGAAACGGAAAGACAAGUGCAUCAAGUGACACAGAAGGCCACAUUUGACACUAUAAAGGAACUGCGGGAAGAGAGAGAUCAGUUGGAGGGGAAAUUGAUAAACAUUAAAAUUCAUGAAGUGACACAACAAAUAAGGGCUGAAAAAGUGCUUCAAAUUUCAAAGAAGAAAAGUUCACCGUCAAAGUUUAAGAGAGUGAAAGAAAGAGAUGAUAGAAAGACAAAUUUCUGUGAGAACUAUGUGUAUGGAAAGUUAAAGAGGAAAAGUCCGCAAGUAGAGUUUGUUGAUGUAGACGACUUCCAAGAAACUUCUUUGGCAAUUCAAGUGCAAAAGCCAAAAAAGAAACUGAAGGACUUGAAGAAGUGCAAUACUGAGAUGUCAAAACUCAUUCGUAUAGAAACUUGGUUGGCAAUUGAACAACUUUGGAAGACAGGAAAUUCUAGGUAAAUUUAUCUUUAAAACUAUUGCAUGUUUUUAAU